AGACGAUGGGAGCCUCAUAGCUUUCAAUCCGGAGACAGAGAAAGCACGUUUGAUUCCUUCCAUAUUCCAUCGUGGAGAAUCAGAUACAAAACCGCUUUUUGCACAAGACAAGAAGAACAAUCGUCUGACCAUGAUAUCGGGGACGAAAGAAACAAUCUCAGUUUACACACUACUCGGGAAUUCCAAGUGGACCCUCACCAUGCGGAUCAAGAACGUAUCCAUGGACGACAUAAAACUUGUAUGUUGGAACGUGGUCGCAUAUGAUGGCAAGAGCCUUGUGGUGAGGGAGAGGAAGAAGGACUCUUAUCACAAGGGUUGGCUUCAUGUGUAUGACAUGGAAGCUAAGAGUUGGAGAGUUUUAGGAUCUAUCUGGUGUGGGCUCACAAAGAACCUAGAAUACUAUACGUUUACGCCCUCCUUGUUCUUUGUCGAGGAGGAUGAGCAGGAGAAGGUGAUUGUAGCUUCCAAUGACCUACGCAUCUCCUAUCUGAAUGCAAUUAUGGCACUCAUUUGAUUAAGAAACGCAUAUCCGAUUAG